CCAGUUUCCAACUCGACGUCAUGUAGGAAGCGCAGCAGGAAGGGUGGAGAAAUGAGCCUGGGCUUCCUUCCUAGUAUCACUAACGUUAGUUCUCUUUAAUAUAAACAAAAAUUAAGGAUACUAGCAACUUACUAAACGUAACAUUACAAUUACAUCAUUAAAAUAAGGGUUAAAUCUUUAAGGGUUAAUUCUCAAAAUAUCCGGAUUCUCCCGCUGAAUGUGAAUGAAAGAAAAGCGAAACGCGUGAAGUGCUGGAACACAAGGCACAGAAGACACUGUCUUGAGCUCAGUGUAGCGCUUCUGGAGGACGUGCACUCAUCUGUUAUCUGUUAGACCUGAAAAACAGAAUCAGGAUGUCAUCUGAGGAAGAAGAUGCCUCAAACAGUAACAGUGGUCAAUCAAAAAGUAGGCUGAAGAGCAAGAAGCCACCAAGUCUGAUGAUUGCAAUUCCCAAAACCGAGGCUGACAAAAAGUCCCUGCAGCCAUCUUUUAAGAAAAGUGUGAGUCUACAGCAGUCAAGUGAAGGACUUUCAGACAGCAGUCCAUCUACCAGAGACAGACGAACAACGUUCAAGAGGCAAACAUCGCUCUCUCAGAGCAUUCGCAGGGGUACAGCUCAGUGGUUUGGAGUGGGCAGUGAUAGUGAAUCCAAGCAGCAGGAAUGGCACAGGAAGAGUCUUCGACACUGCAGUCAGAGAUAUGGCAAACUGAAGCCUCAGUAUUGUGAGCAGAAUGAGGCAGCCAGCAUAGAUUAUGGCCCGGAGUCACCAGUGGCCGCCAGAAUGCCAAAGAUUGUGGAUCCUUUGGCUCGUGGGCGACAGUUUCGUUAUGAGGAGUCCGAGCGACCGAGGACACCCCAUACAGCAUAUCCUCCUUUGACCCCAGGAGUGACCUCUCUAUGCUCAUUCACCAGCCAACGUUCUGGUUACACACGUUUGCCACGGAGAAAAAGAGAAUCGGUGGCCCGAAUGAGCAUCCGUGCUGCAUCCAACCUUUUUAAGGGUCGACAGGGUCUACAGGGCACUCAAAGUGGACGUGGAUUUCAGAGGAGGAGUUUUGCUCGGCCCAGCUGGCUUGAAGACGACACUGUGGAUACAGCAGACACCUCUGAUUCAGUAUUUUUUAGCAAAGUAGAUGUCCAUGAGGAGCUUUAUUCUAUGGCAGAUGAUGUUUUUGAGUCACCCCCUAUAUCAGCUUCUUGUCAUGUGGCAGAUGUUUCUUUGGGCGAGGGAAUAUCAUUUCCCAACUUGGGAAAGAAGGAUUUCACCAAAACUGUGGCCACCUAUGAGAUAGAAUCUUCUCGUCGUGGAGGUCGAAUUGCCUCUAAAGUGAAGCACUUUGCAUUUGAUAAGCAGAAGCGUCAGUAUGGUAUGGGUGUGGUGGGGAAUUGGUUGAACCGACACUAUAGACGCAGCCUUAGCAGCCAAGUACAGAAACAACUGGAAGAUUUUCAUAGUCAUCGGCCAUAUUUUACCUACUGGAUUACCUUUGUUCAUAUUAUCAUAACGUUGCUGUCCUGCAUUACAUAUGGAUUUGCUCCUGUGGGCUUUGCCCAACAUUCCACCACUCAGCUGGUACUGAGAAACAAAGGAAUCUAUGAGAGCGUGAAGCAUGUGCAACAAGAGAACUUCUGGAUUGGUCCUCGCUCUGAGGAUCUAAUCCACUUGGGAGCAAAAUUUUCUCCAUGCAUCAGACGAGACAGUCAAAUAGUGAAGCUAGCAGAGCAAGCCAAAGAUCUAGAAAGAGAGUCUGGCUGCUGUGUACAGAAUGAUGGUUCUGGAUGUGUACAGACCCAGAGUGAUGGCUGCUCGGAGACUUUAGCAACAUUUAUAAAAUGGAACAAAGAGAAUAAAGACAACGUGAAAUCUUCACGUGCAGUCUGCCAUCAGGACCCAAGGACUUGUGAAGAGCCAGCCUCAUCAGGACCACAUGUUUGGCCUGAUAACAUCACAGAGUGGCCAAUUUGUACAUACCCUAAAACAUGGAACCACACAGGAUACAAACACAUGGACUGCACACUAAAGGGCAGGCCGUGCUGUAUUGGAACAAAAGGAAGAUGUGAGAUUACAACUUGGGAGUAUUGCCACUUCAUGCGUGGAUAUUUCCAUGAGGAGGCCACACUGUGUUCACAGGUCCACUGCCUGAAUGAUGUGUGUGGCUUGCUGCCAUUCCUGAACCCCAAUGUCCCAGAUCAGUUCUAUAGACUGUGGCUCUCCCUUUUUCUUCAUGCUGGUUUACUGCAUUGUCUGGUGUCUGUGAUCUUCCAAAUGACUAUACUCAGAGACCUGGAGAAACUAGCCGGCUGGUUACGCAUUUCCAUCAUCUACAUUGUCAGUGGUAUUACAGGAAACCUUGCCAGUGCCCUCUUCCUACCGUACAGAGCAGAGGUUGGUCCAGCAGGGUCUCAGUUCGGUUUGUUAGCCUGUCUGUUUGUGGAGCUGUUCCAGGCCUGGCAGAUGUUGGAAAAUCCACGGAAGGCAUUCCUGAAGCUUUUAGGCAUUGUUCUUUUCCUUUUCUUCUGUGGUCUUCUGCCCUGGAUUGACAACAUUGCUCACAUCUUUGGGUUCCUCAGUGGUCUUCUCCUGUCCUUUACAUUUCUUCCAUAUGUCACGUAUGGCACCUUAGACAAGUACCGCAAACGAGCUCUUAUUUUGCUCUCACUGCUUGUCUAUGUGGGGUUGAUGUCUUCACUUAUUGUCUGGUUCUACAUUUACCCUAUAAACUGGCAUUGGCUAGAACAUCUUACCUGCUUGCCUUUUACCAGCAAGUUCUGUGAACGCUAUGACAUUGAUCAUGUGGUACACUAACUUUUUUUUUUGUAGACUAAAGAAUUUUCUAAGGACUGCAAUGGACUGAGUAAAACAUCAACAUUCAGUAAAACAGCAAAUCACAGACUAGAUUUGAGAUUUAGCAUCUCUGUAACCAGUAGAAUGUACAAUAGUCAAUUUAUUCCAAAAUCAGUUCUAAAACAUUUCUGAAUAAUGUGCAGGUAAACUAUGAUGUGUUCAGCUUAAAAUGUCUAACAUCACAUGUCCUUCCAGAAUUAUGAUUUGUUUAAACAAUGAGCUUUAUACUGUCAUAUAUGCUUACACUUUUAAAUACAUGCUUGUUAAA